AUGGAUGUAAAAAAAAUAAAAAAACCUGUACCUAAACCCAGAACUCGUCGUUUAAACUGUAAAUUAAACUGUGAUGACACAUUGAAUCUUGAAGAUACCUUACUGGCAUUUAAUGGACCAAUUGGACAGGAGCAGGCUUGGGCUGUUUGUCAUCAAACUGCUAAAUAUCUUGCUACACUUGGACCUAAUAAUUUUCAAGAAUUGACUCAUCUAAAUCAAAUUUUAUUGCACAAGGAAGGUUAUGUUCUACUGGAUUUGCCCACAAAUGUAAGCUCACAUACUCUGCCUUCAUCGGAAAGGAAGGUCAUUUUUUCCUUAGGAAUUUUGAUUUAUAACGCUCUAGACUUUCGAUUGGAUCAAAAAGAAGAGAGACGUUUGUCCUUGGAUUUGAAAGAUCUCAUUAAUUUGAUGACCUCCUGUGAUGAAGAAUACGAACUUGAAGAACGACAUGAAACUGACGAUGAAGGAAUAGGACGUGAUUCUGAAGCAGAAAUGGAUGAUCCACAUGAAAGUAGCUCAUAUAUUAGCAACUCGGAUUAUUACAGUUUGAAAAAUAUUGUUCAAGUCUGUAUCAAGCACGUACAAGGAACUGAAGAGCAAGCCGAUGUUCACUACAGAGCAGUUAUCCGUACAUUUGUCCAUGAAGCACUUGAAUUAACGCAAUUUCUGGAACAAGUUUCGGUCGAACGAUUUCAAGACAACCCCAAACGCUUUUCUAAACAUUUGGAGCCAAAACCAGCUGUUGCAUCUUGUCAGCAGCUAGAUACUCUUGGCUACGAUGAUUGGGCACGAUUUUGGGUACAAGUAAUUGGUGAGCUACGUCGUGGAAUAAAAUUAAAAAAAGUUGAAGAGAACUUAGGAAAACGUGGCCGUGCUCACAGUAAAGGACGUGGGACUGAGUUUGAAUUGACUCCUUAUGAGAUUCUCAUGAAUGACAUUAGAGAGCGUAGAUAUAAUCUUAAAAAAACUCCAGCUCCUUCUCCACGUGUGACAAAAGAUGCACGUGCCAUAGUCCUCGAAUUUAUUCGAAGCAGACCUCCACUAAAAAAAGCAUCUGAAAGACAAUUGCCACCUAGGAGAAAACAAUCUACUAUGCGUGAAUUACUGAUGGAAAGUAUUAAAAAACCACCUAGACCUUUGAGAUCUUUUCGGGAACGUCAACUGAAUGAGAAAAAAGUGAUUCAUAAUCAUGAUUGUCAUCCUGUUGACUUGCUUGGUGGUGAACCACGUCGUAUUGUGUUAGGUGAAGUUCCACCAGCUCAAGCUGAACAGGUACAAGAGCAGGAAUCAGCUCAGGAUGUUGCAGCUCAGUGGCGUCAUUCAGAAGGUCAAGGGUCGCAUCCAGUUCCGAAGCCCCGUCAACGGUUCAGUAAGCCUACUGAGGCUAAGGCUCGGAAUCGUAAGUGUAGGAGACGAAUUAGGGGAUCAGCAACACAAUGUCCAUCGAGACGGGCAUCAGCACGAAAACAUACUAGUCGUUGUAGCACAAAACCUUCGGUUGCAUUCUCUGGGACUUGUUCAGUGCCACACUCGCGGCCUCAAAGUCGUCAGCGUGUUGGAGUUAUCGGAAACGAUAUUCGAAUGAGUUUAAGUCCUAGUCCGAAUGUAAGUCCAAGUAUUAGUCCUCGUACCAGAGAAAGGAUUCUCAUGAAAUCACACACCACUGUUGAACCUGAAAGUGAUCAUCAUACACAAUCUGACAAUGAAAGAAAACCAUCCCUUGGUGACAUGUUUCUUGAUGAAAGACUUUCGUUAACUCUUGAAGAAAUAGUUCACAUCCGUAGUGUUUUAACAAAAGCCGAGUUGGAAUCAUUGCCCGUUGAGGGGAGAGUAAAAGAAGACGUUGAAAAACGUCGAGUGUGUUUCUUAUGCUUAAAAACACGCUUUGGUAUCCUCGGUCCUUGGGGACAAAGAUGUAGACUUUGUGAAAGAACUGUCUGUGUCAAGUGCUACUCAAAGAUGCGUAUCCCAACAGAACAUUUUGCCCAUGUACCUGUAGUAUUACUGUCACCUGGAUUACUUCUUUCUCCAUCGACUUCAGAACCUGAUUCUACUAGAAGCCCUUGGCCAAGACCUGGUGGCGCAGUUGGAUCUGCUCCAGCAUCACCUGCUCACCGACGUCAUGAUCCAGCCUUAAAUAACGGAACACCAUUGUCAACACCGAAUCCUGGCACGCCAGCUGACAAUCUUACUCCUGGUUCGACACCUACAUCUUUAGGUCGACGAGACGAUCUUUUAGAUAGAAGUAGGUAUCCCAAAGUUGGCGGUAGUCCAAGUCGUAUGAGUAAUAGUGCUAUCGGCAGUCUAGGUCCAGGUAUUGGAAAUGAGCCUCUUGUAGCAGAGCGGCUUCGAGGUGUAUCAAUGGUUGUUUGUCAUGAUUGUCGUAUUAUGGUAAUUCAGAUUAUUAAAAGUUCACGUAGUACCCGAGCGACAAUACGCAAUAAUGUUAUAUCACGUUUGACUCUCAAUCUUUCACCAGCAUAUGUUUAA